AUGGUUUAUGUUCAUGUUCAAACCUAUGGUUAUGCUCAAUAUUUUGGACCUAAACCACAACUUGUCCAUUGCCCUACUUGUAACCAAAAUACAAAAACUAAGCUUAAAUAUGUUACUGGAAGAAAUAAUUGGUUGUGGUGUUUUAUUAUAGGAAUGUUUGGGUUUACCAUUUGCGGAUAUGGUUUUUUAUUUCUUAGCAAUGCUGUUGAUAAAGGUUUAAACACAGCUGGGCCUCUUACUGUUCUUGUCCUUAGCUUUUGUAUUUGCUGUUGUUGUUUGCCUAUUCCAUUUUACUGUGAUCGCUGUAAAAAUGUUGAACAUUAUUGUAGUGUUUGUGACACCUAUAUUGGCAAAUAUGUUCAAGACAGUCGAAGGCCUAUAGUUAUACUGCCACCAGAAUCGUAUAAAAAUCUACCAAUCAAACAAUAA